UUAAAGCUCCUGUGAAGAGCUUUUGGUGUUUAUGAAAUAAGCUAGCUACAAAAGCAAACAUGAUCACGAGCAUCAGCGCUGAGCAUUUCUAUUUUUAUUUCUAAUACCUGAAACUGGUGCUAGAGGGUCAGUCAGUACGUUUACAUGCACAGCUUAAUCGGACUAAGCUCAUUAUUAGUUUUUUUGCUGAAUCAGACUUCUUUCCUUGUCCGUGUAUAAAUGUAGCAGAGAAAAUUGAAUUAUUGACAUGAGCAUGUCCUCCUCCCCAAAACUAGGGGGCGAUAUGAGUCUUUUCGGUCCGAUUAGACUCGAACUAAGGUGUUAACAUGCACUUCAGUUGUCCGGUCUUAAUCGGAGUAAGGCAAUAAUUUGGUUUUCUCAAGUGUCAUGUAAAUGUACUGAAUGUUAGCCAAACUGCUAAUGAAACAGCCUUUUAUUUAUAUUAUCCAUAAAAAAUAUUGACAUUAAAUAAUAUUUUUUUAUGUCAGAAAUCAAAAUGAAGAGAUUUUUUUGUUAACAGAUAAUGUUCAAGCAAGAGAAGCAAGGACUGCUUUGUCCACAGGGGGCGCCAAGAUUGAUAUGUAUGAAAAAUUUCUUACAGUAGCUUUACAAAAAUAACUUUUAUAGAUGGUCAUAGAGUGAUUCUAACAAACGUUGAAUACUGUAGUCUAUUUUUAUCAUGUCUGCACUGCUAACUGGCACUAUAUAUAUAUAUAUAAAUCUGUUAAAUGAGAUGUAGAGUUAUUCAACAUUACAGUUAUGUCUCAAUAUUAUUAAAAAUGCAGAAAUGAGAAGAGGAGAUAUUUGGGGAAAUGUGCCGUAUAGGGUUCUGAGAACUAUUAUGAAUAAGGUUCUAAAGCUCCACCUGUUUUAUGACUUGAGUGUCUGGGGUUUUUCCAGAUUUCUGAGGUUUUCUUCCUCUUUCAUUUCUUAAUUUCGACCUUGUUCGUUGGAAAAUGACAUUAGACUGCAGAUAAUGUGGUUUGAGUUCAAUGGAACCGACAAAAGUUGAGUCAAGCUGAGUUCCAAGAAAGAGUGAGGAAAUGUGCAUGAGAGGGCAGAGAGAGAGAGAAAGAGAGAGAGAGAGAGAGAGAGAGAGAGAGGGAGAGAGAGUGGGCAUGACUGCCCCUGGAGCUCCGACAGGAAACUUUCCUCAUGUGGAUCGCUCCUCUUCCCUCAGAAGCAGAAACAGUCAGACUCCGAGUCUUCAGUUCACACUCUGAUAUGCACUUGACAGGAGGACUCGGAGACGUUUGAGGGACUUUUCACCCGAUCAAGUCAUGGCGAACCGCGAUCAUGUGCCGAUAUCACGUCUAUAAGGAUACCGAAUCAGAACCAGAGGACUUUUCUUCCUUUAACUUUGGAGCUCAAUGACUUUUCUCUAAAUCUGAACCGGAGCUGGAGCUGGAGCCGAGGAUGGAGACGCUGUUUUACCUGCUUGCCUUCAUGUUGGCACGGGUUAGUUGGGGUCUUGGGUAUUCUGAGUCCAGUAUCCAGACGGGGCAGAGAGCGGCCAGCAGACACAGGUAAGACCGAGGAGCUCGUGCGUAAACGUGAACAUGAACACCUGUGGCUCGUUUGGUCGAUAUAGCUUUCGAUUAAUCAUUAGAAUGAGUGUUUAUUAGGAAGUCUGAGGGUCACCAUGAGUGGUCUUGUAGUGAGGUUUGGGGGUCCUAGAGUGCAGUAAUGCUUUAGUACUGAAGCAGCUUGAGUAUUGACAAGUCUAUUGAUUAUUGCCUCCUUUAUUAGUUUUAUUAAUAGAUCAUCCUUUUUAACUUAAAGUGCAAAAUUUGCGGGUUUUUUUUUUGGACCUUUAUUGGAAGUCAUAAUUACUUAUUUAUUAGUGAUAUUUUGCUCUAUUAUUAUCUCACUAUUUUAUGAUAUUACUUUACUAUUUUGUGCUGUAUAUAGCAGCGGUUCUCACUCUGGGAUCCACAUUUUCCCAUGGUCUUUAAGUUACGACCCACUUUAUAAAAUUCAAAUCAAGCAAUUUUAGUUUAUAUAUAUAAAAAAAGCUUUAAAGACUCAAAUCUUUAACAUAAAUACACAGUUUUUAUUGAGUAAAGUGUCUUUUAGAGUACAUGAACUGUUGAUGACAACUACUGAAGUUACUAAACAUCAAAUAUUAAAUUCCACAAAAUGGAGAAAAUAAAUAUAUUUUAUUGCAUUCAGGCCACAUUAAUAAGACACAGAGGAGGACCACGACAUAAGACAUGCCUUUCAAAAUAAGCUAUUUUUCAAAAUAAAAGACAUGUCAAACAUCAGAUGCACAUUAAAUGUUUAUGUGACCAGCUGUUUGCGACCCAUUCAGAACGUGACUGCAACACACUUUUAGGUCAGGACCCGUUGAGAACCACUUGUAUAUAGUGUACAUACUUGUAUAUUAUCUCUUUAUUUUUACUUAUUUUAUCUACUAUUUAUCUCCUUUUUUCUACUUUAUUUGCACUGGAGUUACUGCAACAAAAAGCUAUUUCCCCCUGGAGAUUUUUAAGUAUUUCUGAUUCUGUUUCUGAUUCUGAUAAUCAAUCUAUUUCUAACCUAUUUUAAGUGACAGGUCGAUUGAUAACAAACUGAUCUUAACCCUUUGACAACAACAGACCCACUCGUAUAACAAUAUAUCAGCACCAAUAUGCUGUAAGUGCUCACUUUUUGGGGGUCGGGUUUGGGUGGAGGGGCCGAAAGCUGGACUGGGCUUACUGGGAUUAGUGAUAUUUACUAUUUCAGGGCCCCUGGUGCAAAAGUUCUCAUGGGGUGCAGAGUUUUGAGAAAGCACCUUGAGUUUCUGCCGUGUUUUAAUGGAAUCCAUCACUGCAACAAGAGGUGCAUUUGACUAAAGAUGAGCUGUCAAGUGGAAAACUGUUGACAUGUAGUUAGUUUUGUAUGUUGUAAAGCUCAUAAGGAACUUUCGGCUUGUUUACAGAGUUAUCAUGUGUAUGCAUGAGUGUGAAAAACGGGGUCACAACAUAAUGACUCAGUGUAUGGAGGACAGAGCCUGUACCCCCUCACAUGUGGUGUGUGUCAGCCUGCAUGUGUUUGCACUUAGCAUGCGUGUACGUCUGUAUGCGAGGAAAAGCCAGACUUCUGGGAGCUGAGCCGCUGCAAUAUGAGCUCCUAUCAGGGUUUUUUUUUUCUGCUACCGCUGCCUGAGUCAUGUUUGCGUGGAUGCUCGGCCUCGAUGAAGCUGCUGAGAAGGAGAAACAAGUGCAAAAAGACAGAGAGAUACCAGAGUGUAGGAAAUGAGAGGAGCCGAGCAGGAUGACAGGGGAGGAUGUAAAAACGAGAAAAGCCAGAGAAGAGAAAAGACAGACUCUGCUAAAGAGGAGAAAACUGGGCCUGGGUCCCCAAAUGCCUUUCCCCCUUGCUGGAACCAGUAGGCUAUGAAGGAGUCAGCAUGACUGGACUGUGACAAACACACACAAUCAAACCACACACACACACUUCCAUAGUGACGCAUUGGAGAGAAGAAUGCGCUGGCCCGUGGCAGUGCGGUUUGCCCCCCUGACAUCUGUUUGAACUCAAUUGAUCUGUUUUGACAGAUGUGUGAAGUAUUCCAUAAGUGGUAAAGGCUGUUGAAUGAACUGAAGACGUCCAGCGGGGGAGUAACACGGGGGCUCAGGAGGACCCGGACCCGCUCCAACACAUCUCCUGCCAAAAUGUCUGAGCUGCAUCCAGCUCAUCGGUUCCAGGCAGUUACAGAGGAAGAAGAAGAAGAAGGAGGAGGAGGAGGAGGGAGGGAGUAGAGCCGUGUGUUUGCAGUUAGAUGCAGGUGGACUGCUGAUGUUUUCAGGCUCACGUGCAGAAUUAUAUACAGACUGUUAGGAACCGUGCUCCAUUCAGGUGCUAUUUCUGUCUUUACAUUAACACCGAGGGGCCACAAUAAGAGGUGAGCGCACAGACGUGACUCUCAGCUCAGUCAGAAGCUUUUUUUUAAAUGAUAUUGUCACAGGAAAAACCAAAUUUGACUCUGAUUAUCUACAAAAGUUCAUCUUAGUUUGCUCCCAACUUUUUGGCAACCGUUUAGGCCGGACCCUUUCCUGUUUAGUGUGAGAGUGCCCCUGCAGACAAAGGCCAGCACAUUAAUUUAGGCAGCCUGAUGUGAGAGAGAACUGGCCUGAUGUUCACAGAGACCUGACCUCAACCCCAUUUGACAACUGCUCUGUCAGACUGACCCUGACUGUUUCCUAACCCUGAUCCUGUCCUGAAUUCACCAGGAAAUAAAAGUUAAAACUUCCAGACAAAUUUUGACUCUUUUCUGAUUUUAAAACAAACAUGAUAAGACUUGAUUUUGGUAAAACUGACUACACUGCCACCUACAGGUUUGGCAUGCUUUUGACAGCAUAUAUACACAGGUUAGUGUAAACGAAAAACUUUUCUGAAAACGUAGCGGUUUGCAUGCAGUUUUUUUUGUAAACAGACUGUGAUCGUUAAGUCAAAGAUUAAGAAAUAGAGACUCAAACAUGAGAAAGUCACUUAAAUUAGUGUUGUGUCGUUCACGAACGAUUCGUUCAAAAGAACCGAAUCUUUUAAGUGAACGUACUGAAUCGAGUCACUUCAGUUGAGCUGAAGUGAGAAACAGCAUUGCUAGUUGAGCAGCUGGUGAACGAGGGCCCACAUGCACCGACGCCUGAAUCACUUGGUGAACGAAUCCCGCAUUGAACUACACUCUCUGGAAUCACUUUUAUCGGACAAAACUAACUUUUUUUUUCACUGCUAAAUUGCCACCACAACAACUUUCAUACAAUAGGACACAGCAUGUAACAAGUAGUGCAUUAAACCCACAGCAUCCUAUCAUCGCAGCGGUUUGCGAGGGAACAAUGAAUGUUCAGUUUGAAUUCUUCUAAACGUUCAGUGAACGAAUCCCUCACUGACCCCAAUUUACUGCGCAGACCUGAUAAAUACCAUACCAUAGGACAGUACACUUAAAACAUGAUGACUUAUAAACAAGCUAUUUUUACAAACCUGUUUGUCAAAGCAACACAGACAAACACUCUCGUUUCUGGUCCCAGAAACUAUGAAUUGAACCGAAUCCUGAACCGUUCAGCUGUGUGUCAGUUCAGGAGGCCGGAGUCACAGGCUCCUCCCACCAAGCGUUAAAUGAUUCUGUGAUUUGGUGAACGAAUCUUUUGAACGAAUCUUUUUAGUGAAAUGAUUCUAGUGAUUCAGUACAUCUAAAAGAACUGCCGUGCCCAUCACUAACUUAAAUUCAGUCUAAUUUGUUUCACAGAUGAUGCACUUCCUGCUUUAAUUCCCUGUUGUCACAAUAAAUUACAAAAACACAGCCAACUAUCAUUAAACACUCACAUAGAGUUGUAUCUUGGCAUGAUCAUAUGACCUUUAUUCAGCUUCACAGAUUAAGAGCAGGAAGGUUGAACACUUUUUUCUAAGUCUCUUAAAGUUUGGUUAUAUUUUGCAAAAUCCAAACAGUAUAUUUGCCACAAUGCUCUUCAGAAGUUAAUAACAGUCCAGGAUGCAUGGGUCUUACCGAGCAUGAAGACAGUAACAGGAUUGUCCUGGUUCUGACGGGAUCCUGGAAAAAAUCCAAACGCACUUUAUCCGUGUGAUUUUCUGCUUUCUGCUAAUUAGAGGGCUAAACAAAUCUCAUUACAUAUGGUAAUGCAAAUGUGGGAAAAAGGCUCCUUUUCAGUUCCAGUCAUUGUGAGCCAAUUAACAUAGUUCCCAGCAUGCAGUUCACUAAAAGGGACAGCUUUUUUUCUUUACCUUGUUUAGAUAAAAGUAUAAGGACGGGAACUCUGAGUUAAACAAACGAAGACGUUAAAGUUCAGAGGAUAGGUGGGUUAAACGCACACGGACUAUAAAGGGUUAAAACGGGCCUCAGACCUCAUGCUAAAGUAAAUGUAAGUAUCAUGGGCAAUCUCUGUAUAUCUUCAUGACCGCCGGGCUAAACAAUCAGAGAGAAGUUUACACAGUCACACUGUCGCUUCAUGCUGGAACGAGUCCAAAGAGAAAACCGUGUGUGUGUGUGUGUGUGUGUGUGUGUGUGUGUGGGAGUAAAACUGCUUUUUAAGACAGUGGAAGAAUGUGUGUGUGUGUCUUUGUGUAUGUGGGUCUGCGGGCAUGCGUUCAGUCAAGCAUUAGUGAGUGCACUCGAGUGUGUAGACUCUUGUUUGUGACAGUCUGUGUGCUUUGCGGUUGUGUGUACACGGGUAUAUCUUUACAAGGACAUUGGAGGGGUGCUUGACCUUUCGGGUCACAGUUCGAACAUUAACCACGCCCCUUUCCAUCGACUCAUUCAGGUCGCUGUCGAACCCUUUCCCUUGAAGUUAAAUGAAAGAUCCCCUCACAAUAGGUGCCGCCGAGUGUUUUCUUUGUUUAGGUAUUGAACCCGAUUUUCUUUCUCUUCCCCUCUUCCUCCCACUUAGUCUCUAUGUCACUUUUGUCUCAGACUAUUUCAGGUUUACACACAAUUCCCCUCCGCAGGACUCACGCAGAGAGGCUCUUUAAUAAACCUAACCUGGUAUGUGUGAGUUGAGAUGUCAAGAGUGCAGCUUCCUGUGAGUGUUUUAUCAGGAGGAGGCAUUUAUUGGUACGUAAAGUGACGCUCAGACAGGUGCAAAAGUUCCUCUCACACUGCGUUAAAGCUCAGUAAAUAAAAACAAGAUGUAAACAAUGAGUUUACUGCUCAGAGGAGUCAUGAAAUCAGUGUUUGUAUGAGCAGGUGAAGGACAAAGUAUGCAUGGAGGUGUACGUUUCACAUUUAAGAUACUCAAUAAUCAUUAAACUGUGUGUCUGCCUCCAAGAAAGUGGUCACUCGUGGUCCAGUUAAUCACCGGGCUCUGAAGUUCCCUUUACAGCACGUCUUGGCUCAUUGUUUCGGUUUUACAGCCCCACGCUUCACUGUUUUGCCUCAUCACCAUUAACACCGCCGUUGUUAAACAAGCAGCUGUUUUUAGCAGAAAAGGGAGAAAAGCUCUUAAAACCUUCUGCACACUAUCAAACAGGAAACAGCAGUCUUCAGGAGCAAAAGUCUUUAACUGUUUGGCCUUGAACUUAAAUUUUGAACAACUUUUUUCCAAUGCACAUGCUUCAAAAGAAGCCGCUGAUGCUCUUAAUAAAGCAUUACUCAGCAUUUAUGUUUUCCUUUGCCUAAAAUCGAAAGAAUGCACCUUUUAAUGAAGUUACUUUCCACCAUUUUUUCAGCCUUUACUGCGUUAGUGAAGGUUGCCAGAUGUGAAUUUGCCAAACCAACCAGUUAGACAAUCUUUUACUUUUUCCACAUGUAAAAAGAAAAACAUGGUGUUAGAAACACUUCCAAUAAAAAUUCUUUGGUUAGCUUAAUUAUCCCGUUAAUCUUUGAUGGGAUGUAGCGCAUAUCUUCCUCCCUACGUUAUUCCAACGGGAGCUUGGCUUUUAGUAAAUACGACCUCAGUUUGGAUCCGUCUAAAGUUAAUUAAAGCUCCUGUGAGGAGUUUUUGAAAGAGACUGAAAUGAUUUUUGAAAUAAAAAAAAAGACAUUUUUCAGUACUUUUCCCGCUAAGAGUAAUAUAAGGGUAUAAUUUUGUCCACAGGGGGCGCCAAAGUCAACACAAACAGAAAUUUUUCUAAAGGUCUUAAACAACCUAAAUGUGGAAAUUUAAGACACCUUCCUCCUGUAGUUUAAAGAUACAGUCAAAGGUGAAAGUAGGAUAAGGUUCUUGCAGGUACUGUACCCGUAGGCUUUGAACAAGAGGAGCGCACCCAAGUUUAACGAGGUGCCGCCUCACAAACGGAUCCAGUAGAAAUUCGCGUAUGGCAAAAUGCGCCACUGUUCUGGAUGCGGUGGAAAUCCCGGGUUAGUUUCCCCCUGGGUACAGUGAGCAGAAAUCGGCAUAUUUAACAAUCUAACAGUCUAGAUUGAAACGCUCUCUUGCUCACCCCUCCUGUUUGUGAAGCAAGGUGGCAUUCAAGGACACACAAGCUCCUGUGAUGCAUGAGAAGUUUGAUCCAACAACCACUCUUCAUCUUUGUCUUUCAGUCUAAUACAAUAAUGUUUAUAUUCCCAUGUUUACACACUAAAUUAAACUUUUUUUUUCGCCCUUAAUGCGGCCGCAUACUAAACACUGUAUUUUUAAAACCCUCCAACCAUCUUCUUCAAACUCUGAGCAGGAACUGAGCUGUUUAUUUGCAGGGCUUUCCUGUGACUCCGAUAUUGUUACGGAAACACAGAUUAGCUGCUGAAAAUACUAUUGUAGGAAGGCUAAACAUGCACAAACAGGCACACACAAACACUUUCUCAUAAAAACAAUCAUCAUUUCAGUGUUUUCUGCAAAUGUGUCCCCGCCUGUUUGUGUAGAAAGAGUGUUUGUGUUGCAGCGUGUGUGUACUUGUAAAUGUAUUUUACACAAAGAGAAAAGAUGCCAAGUCUAAGCAGCCAGUAGUGCGGUUACUGUUAUGAAGUCUUAACUCCGCAGCGGUCAGAGGGAGGAGGAGGUGAAAAGAAACUUGUAUGCAUGGCACAAAUACACACAACACUGUGCUCUCUUUUGUGCACACACACUCUCUUUCAGCGCUCCACUAACACUUAGUCAUCCUCCCCUUAAGUAUAAAGACUCCUCUCAUGUAUUUCACUGGAGUCAUGUUUGAGGGAUGGAAAAUACACGAGCAGGGAGGGUUUGUGUCGGUGUUUGGAAGCUGCACAAACUAAAAGAGUAGUAUAUAUAUAUGUGUGUGUGUUUUGUUUAUUUAAAUGAGACGCACCGCCUGUUCUCCGUCAGCGAUGAUUGUGUGUGAAUGUUGGCAACUUUAUGCUUUAUCUCCUCCGUGACCCCGAGAGUCAAGUCACUAAAGUCAGGGUAAUAGAUUGUCAGAGUCGGCCCGUUAAAUCGCAGCGACUUAAAGCAACAGAGUGAGGCUACAGGGGGUAGAGACAGCAGAGGCCUGUGAUUUAUCACCUCUGUCUUCUUUUAAAUAUUUCUGAUCUCCUCAGCAGCGGCCAAACUCCUCAUAGAGAUGUUAGAUUGUUGAAAUCCUUUCAGUCCAAUAUACACAUCACAGAGUACGAGAUAACCUCGCAAAACCGUCCAAUGUUAUAACGAAAUAAGGAUCGCUGUGAAGAACCACAAGAUUUUAGGAACACAUGAGGAGAGAGGCAGCUGUGUUUGGACGCACUUGUGUUGGCUGAUACCGGAUAUAUGGUGGCAGACUUUCUCUAAAUCACCAGCGCGCCAAACAUUAAAGGCGAAGUCACAAACCGCAGAAGAGAAAACAGGAAUAUGAUCGUGUUCGUAAAUACAGAGGAGCGUAUGGAUCACUCAGACAAAGCCACGAAUCUUUGAAAACGGCGUUAGAGAACCAGCUGGAUUCAGAUCGGAUCUUCCCACAAUUAGUUUGAUCAUUUUGAGUCGGUUAAAAGAAACAUAAUCUGCCGUGAAAUGAUGAAUAUUCAAAAUUUCCACUAUCAAAUAGGAGGCUGUAGCCCAAAAGUUGAUCAGGAAGCAGAAAGUUCAGUAUCAAAGCUACGAAAGAGGAUCAGGGCCACAGGAGAAGAAAAAAAUGAUUACAGGAGGGAGAUUUUUUUAAUUUCCAUUUGGAGAUUAAAGUCGACAUUUCGAGAUUUAAGUCAAAAAUUUGACUUUAUUCAUGUCGAUUUACAUCUCAAAAUUUCAGCAUUAUUCAUGAUAUCUCGACAUUUUGUAAUCUCAAAAUUUUGACUUUAAUCUCGAUUUUUUAAUUUUUAAUCUUGAAAUUUCGACAUUAUCAUCAUCAUUUUUGAUUUUUUAAAUCUCUACAUUUCAACUUUAACAUCAAUAACCUGGAAAAUUUCGACAUUAUUCCCGAUAUCUCGAUAUUUUGUAAUGUCAACUUUCAUAAUGUAGUUAUUUUGACUUAAAUCUCGAAAUUUCAAUAUUUAAUCUCGAAAUUUCGACUCUAUUGACAUAAUCCAGGUUCUUUUAAAUCUUUAAAAUUCUGAUUUUAAUCAAGAAAUUUCAACUACAUUCAUGUCAACUUUAAUCUUAAAAUUUUUACAUUAUUCAGGAUAUCUAAAAUUUUGUAAUCUCAAAAUUUUUACCUUAAUCUCAAUAUUUCAAUUUCUAAUCUUGAAAUUUGGAUUUUUUUGAUAUAAAUUGGAUUUUUUUUUAUCUCAAAAUUUGGACCUUUAUGUCAAUAAUCUCAAAAUUUUAACAUUAUUCAUGAUUUCAAUUUUUAAUCUCAAAAUUUUGACUUUAAUGUCCUUCCAAUAAUCAUUUUUUUUCUCCUCAUGUGGCCCUAAUCCUCUUUCAUACAAAGCAGACCUGACAAUGUAUAUGAAGUUUAGGAUUUGAACUGAUCAUCAAAACUCCAGUUUAGCGACGGAAUAUAAAUGCAAGACCACCAACGCUGUGCAUAUGGUGGAGUGUGAGACUGACCUGGGAUCGGUAAAGACAGUGGCUGCAGGUCUUCAAAGCGGGGGUAAUCAUGCUUUUCAACAUUUAUAACAAAAAAUGCAAAGUUACAAAGUUUGGCGUCCGAAGUAAACGUAUUUUGUAAUAAUCCUAAUCCCUGAACCCCGACCCUGAACGGACUCCCAGCGCCUCCUGGUUCUGGGCCUUAUAUGUCUUUUGAUUGUAUUGUAUGAAACUGAGGUCAACCAACCCUUUGAAUGUUCCUCGUGAUUCUUGAAGGAAAACUUCAAAUGUUCAAUAUGACAGUUAAUUAGUCCUGUUCACUUUCCCACGUACAGUAGCAACAGGAACAGGAGGUCAUGAGGGGGAGGUCAGCGGGGACGGGGGAGAAUCGAAACAUGAUAAUCUCUCCCCUGUCAGUCAGAGCGGCUCAGGAAUGAAGGGGAGGAUCCUGGUCUUAAGGGAACGGCGGAGAGGUGUAGCCACUCAGAGGAGGAGAUAGAAACAAGCUGAGAGGAAGAGAUGGAUGCGAUAAACAGGGAGAGAUGUGGUGAAUUAGAAGAAGGCUGCAAGAGGGAAGAAUGUUGGGCAGAAGCAGAGGGCCAAAAAACGGAAAAUUAAACGAGUUCAACAGAGAAAGAGACAGAGAGAGAGAUGAAGAGGGGGGGAGAGGUUGGACAGACAGACUGACAGACUGAUAGACGGAGAGAAGAGAGCUGUUGAUUGACUUCUCCUCAUGAAGGAACUCUUUGUCCGCUCCAACUUUUUUCUUUAAACCGUCCGUGGAUCUGCUCAGAUGAAUGCGAGACUGACACUAAUUGGCCAUAAUAACCAUCGGGGAAAUAGCAGUGGACGAGGAUUCUGGGUAAUAGGAAAAUGAUGAUAGAAAGAAACUGAGGGACAUCUGUGUUUUCAAGCUAUCUAUGGUUCUUAUCGCAAAAGAUAUCUAGGGGUCAGGGGGGUCAGAGUGGAUUAGGACAAAUUGAGGCGCAUGUAGACGCAGUAGGAGUGUUUCUUACAAGUCUCCCCCUUUCAGAUCGAGUUUUCAGACAUGUUUGCUUAAAAACUUAUCAGUCUAGCUCCCAUGUUUUAUUGCUUUAUCUCCAUUUAAUCAGUGUAACAUAAAAAGCUGCUGACGGACUCUGUUUUAUUGCAUCUGCUCCAGACAUCCAUCUUCAGUUAAAAAGCUUUUACUGCCCGAUCAGCACAAUCCAGCAGACUGACAGAGUUAGAGAGCAGCGUGUCUACCAUAUGACCAGGAUCUUCUCUGAGGAACUGUUGGAGGGCAAAAAUACGUUCCUCAGAGAGAGCGGAUUUUCCAGCCACACUCCAUAUAACUGCUGAUGUUGUUCACUGUGUCUGGAUGAAUUAGAAAAGAGCAGAAGUCGUGCUACUUGUGCCAAACACACAAAAUACACAGAUACGUUAUGGUGAGCUCUUAGUACUCUCAUCUAUUCAGGGCUGAUUUUAAAGCUGGUCUAGAUCAGACUCUAUUUACAAAGGCGUAAUGUUUAGAUGGGAUAAGACUGUAACCCCCAUCCCAUCAUCAAGCACAUUAGUUGAGCACUUUGCAACAGGCAGAAACCUCGAGCAGAGCCAGACUAAUGUGUCGCAGUCAUCUGUCGCUACUUCAUUAGGUUUGGAGAGAAAUGGACAGAGGAGAGAGUGACACACAAAGUUGAAGCUGCUCUUGCUCUAAGAUUUAUCAAAAAGGAAAAACUUAAUUUUUAUAGAGGCAGAAGCCUUGAGCAGAACCAGACUAAUAUAUAACAGUCAUCUGUUGCUAUUUCAUUAGGUUGAGAGGGACAUGGGCAGAAGACAUAGUGACACAGGAAGUUGAACCAAUUCUGACUAAGAUUUAUCAAAAAAGGGAAAACUUUCUUUAAGAGGCAGAAACCUUGAGCUGAACCUGACUCAUGUUAGACAGUUAUCUGCCGCUACUACAUUAGGUUUAGAGAAGAGAUAGAGGGAGAUGGACAGAGGAGAGAGUGAAGCAGGAAGUUGAAGCAGCUCUGACUGUAAGAUUUAUCAAAAAGGAAAAACUUCUUUUUAAGAGGCAGAAACCUCAGACAGAACCAGACUUAUGUGUUGCAGCCAUCUGCCUCUACUACAUUAGGUUUAAAGAAGAGACAGAGAGAUGGACAGAGGAGAGAGUGACACACAAAGUUGAAGCUGCUCUUACUCUUAAGAUUUAUCAAAAAGGAAAAACUUCAUUUUUAGAGAGUCAGAAACCUCGAGCAGAACCAGACUCAUGUGUUGCAGUCAUCUUCCGCUACAGCAUUAGGUUUAGAGAUGAGAGGAGAGAGAGUGAUGCUGGAAGCUGAACCAGCUCUGACUAACAGAUUUAUCUAAAAGGAGAAAACUUCCUUUUAAGAGGCAGAAACCUCGAGCAGAACCAGACUGAUGUAAAGCAGUCAUCUACCUAGACCAUGUUGGGCUUGGAAUAAGACCUCUGCAAUGCACAGGAACAGAUCAGUCUUAUGAUGCUAAUGUAGCUUUAAUUUAAUGUCUAAACUGAUUCAUUCGACUUUUCUCUAAACAGUUAAAUGUAGUGCAGGAAUUCUUGACCAAAAGUCCUUCAUCCGGGUCCAAAAAUCUGGUUUUUGAUCAAGGGUUAUAUCACAGGUUUAUUCAGAAAUUAACCAGUGGAUUCUUGGAUUAGUUUGCCCUAAUCUCUUUUAUUGAACAGCUAUUAAUAUGGUGCAGUAUUAUAGAGAACAGGCAAGUAAGCGCUUCAGUUAGGAGGACUGCAUUGUCUUAACACACAGAGACCUGAAACAGAUACGAAUCUUCUCAUCUCAGCGCAAAGAGACAUCCCAAAACAUCAGUUAUUUCUUUAUCCCAGAGGCCAACUCCACGUUCACUCCUUUAUUUCAUUUCCUGUAAACUAAUGCAAAUAGUUUAAGAUUAACAUGGAGUUACACAAAUCUUCGGCAAGAAUUUUUCCCCCUCAAUAUGAUGCUGUUUGGAGUAUUAAAGUGACUGUUGGUGGAUUUUUCUCAUAGAUAUGCAGAAUAAACCCGACAAAGACAUGUGAGAAAAUGUGUGUGUUUCUGUGGGUUGGUUUGGGAGGCGUACAAUGGCAGCCAUUGUUGAAAUCCUGCAGUUAUCCUGAACAGAUCUGACAUUUGUGCGGGGGAACAAUUUCUCUUGAAAGUUGAACAGAAAAAUAAUCAGUCCGGAGGUUGAGAUAUGUAUCUGCAGCCUCACAAUGGAGCCCAAAAGUCAAACAAGUGACAAGAUUGUAGUUUAUUACUUUUCCAGCCUGGAAACAAAGAGCAGCAGCAGCACCGGGUGAAUGUUUGUGUCAAAAGGGUUUGUUGUAAACUUUCUGCUAUCUUAACAGAGUUUUCGGGUCAUUCGCCAUCUGUGUUAUUUUACAGGAACUGGUGCGCCUACGUGGUGACACGCACUGUUAGCUGUGUGAUGGAGGACGGAGUGGAGACAUACGUCAAACCAGACUACCAACGAUGUACUUGGGGCCAAUGUCCUAGAGUUGCGUGAGUAUCUGUCUCAUCUUGGGUGUUUUUUAGCUCCUCUGAUUUUUCCUUCUGUAUCUUAAACAUAGAGAUUUGUUCGUUUCUGAGAGUCUGGUGAGGCUGUGGCGUCUUUAAAUCAUCCGUAAAGAUGUAAAGACAGCUUCAUAGUUGCUUAUUUUCCCCAUAAAUCAAAUUCUGGUCUUUUGACACUGGCCUGGUUUGCUUGAUCCCCAUGCCUGCUAGAGGCCUUGGCCUAAACCUGGGUUAUGCUAAGAAUGAAGCCGACAGGGGUUCCAGGCACCACAGUCUGGUCUCCUGUCCUGUAAAAACAAUUUCUUCUUCUUCUUCUUACUCUCUUUCUUUCUUUCUUUCUUUUAUAACCCUCCUCCCUUCUUACUCUCUCCCUUACUCGACAAACUCCUCCCACAGCCAUCUAUUCGAGCCCUGUUUUUGUUUUUCCUCUGCGAGGACGUCGGAUUCCUUUUUCUCACGCUCUCAAAGCGGCGCGCUGGAGGAUGAAACCCUCUCUGUGGCACAGAAAAGGGCCUUGUGAUACCUACAGAAACAUUUGUGGGCUGGCAGAGUGUAAAGAAACGUGCUAAAACUUCCACAGUUGAGGCCUAUUAAUGUGCCCGUGACGCUGCCAUAAAUCUUUAUUGAGACUUCAGCCAAUUUCUGGUCUAUUUAUUGCAUUAUUGCUCGAACAGUAAGUCUUAACAGCUGUAGGGCUGUGACACAGUAAAUUACAAUACAUAUACAAUGUGUUUGCUGUUUGAGUAAGUAAAGAUUUAGCACUUAGACUCACCUUUAAAGCGUUCAAUCAUCUAUCGAUAAAGACAGGAUGAUUCGGCGGUCAUGAAGAUCAACAAAAACUCUAAAUUUAAAGAUAGAAAGACUGAAUCCUUGUCCUUCUAAAGGAAAGAAAAGCGAAAUAGCGCUUUUCUGCAACAUGAUCCAAGGUUUUAAGCUUCCACCUCUGUUUAAGACAUAGUUGUAAAUCUCUUUAAGAUGCGUUCAAGUACACGGCGUGGAAAAUCUGACUAGUACAGCGGCGUGUUUGGGUUAUCAGGUUUUUACUGCACAUUUAAAACAGUCAAAUACAAUAAAACGGUGUCUGUGUCAUCCGCAGCUACAGAACGUACAGACGGCCGAGGUACAAGGUGGCUUAUAAGAUGGUGACAGAGAUGGAGUGGAAGUGUUGCCACGGUUACUCGGGCGAAGACUGCCAAGACGGGCCGAGGGGGAACCCGGAUACUCAAGUCAAUGGAGGUCGACCCAACGGAGGGCAGAGAGGAGAAGGUGUGUGAAAUGCAAACUGAGUGGAAAAUGACUCAACCAAGAUUAAAGGACAGUUACAUGAUAAAUUACAUACAAGUGUCAUUUAAUUAACUUUAAUCUGACCCGUUAUAUGUAACUUAACACAAUAUAACUGUAAAAAAAAAAAUACUUAAAUUAUAAUUAUCUUUUUUCAGGUGACUCUCAGAAGAUCAGACAGCUGGAGGAAACAAUCCGCGGUCUAACCAAAGACCUUCACAACAUGCAAAACACCAUCCAGGGCAUGAACCAGAGGCUGUACGUAAAUGCUGCACAAACAAGUUCCAGUACACAAAGCACACUGCAGAAAAGGGGGCUCUAAAAACAAGAUAAAAACACUAAAUCUGAGGGUAAAGGUACUAAAAACAAGUGAAAUUAUCCGUCCAUGCAGCAAGAUAAUGACAAUCUUAAAUUACGAUAGUUACAUCCAGAAAUAAGCAUGUCUACAGAUGUAUUUGAAAGGCUUUUUUUGUAAGCCAAAAAUGCUGGUUUUAAGAUCAGAUUACUUGAAAUUUAACUUUUACAGCCAUAAAAUAAGUUAAAUGUACUAAAUUUAAGUGUAAAAUAAGAAUAAAAUGCUGGUUUUAAGAUCAAAUUACUUGAAAUUUAACUUUUACAGCUAUAAAAUAAGUUAAAUGUACUAAAUUUAAGUAUAAAGUAAGGAGAAAAUGCUGGUUUUAAAAUCAGAUUAUGAAAAAAUUAACUUUUACAGUCCUAAAAGUAAGUUAUUUACACUAAAUAUAAGCAUAAAGUAAGUAUCAAAUGCUGGUUUCAAGAUCAGAUAACUUAAAAUUUCACUUUUACAGCCCUUAAAUAAGUGAAGUGUACUAAAUGGAAGAAUAAGGUAAAGAGAAAAUGCUGGUUUAAAAAUCUGAUUACUUAAAAACUAACUUUUUUUACAGCUUCAAAAUGAGUGAAAUAUAUAGAAAUUAAGUCUUAAAAGAAGAGAAAUUAUCUAACAUUUCUAAAUCAAAUUUUUUUUGUCUUGGUAAGAACCAAAUAAUUUACAGUGCAAAACCUGUUUUUUAAUCAAAUUAAACUUGCUAGUUGCUGGAUUUGUGGGGGAAAUGAGGGACACUCUGAAACAUUUUAGGACAGUCUGUUUUUUUAAUUUAAGAGAUUUGUGACAGGCACAAAUAAGUGCAUCUUUUAGAUAGCUUAACGUGGACCUACACAAACAUGAACUCUCUGUUUGUGUUUAGCUGCUUCUACAGAGUCAAGAAAGUUUGGAUGAAAAUGUUUUGAAUCCUCCCAUCCUCUUCACACCCAUUUCCCCGUACCAUUUGGUACUUUUUAGAUGAAGUUGUCUAGAUUUGAAAAUGUCUUAUAACUUUGUUUUUUGUAGGCCUGGUCUAAACGGGGCCAUCGUUCCUGCUGAUUCAGCUCAGCCACAUAUGAAGGAAACCAUCAACAGCAUCCAGACCAAACUGGACCACCUCUACAACAGAACACAGGUUAACUCCUCAUCCUUCCUUGAUAAGAAGUUUUAAAUGCAAAGAUAUAUUUUUAAUACUUAAAGUGAACACUCUGUUCUCCAGGUCCAUGAUCAGACUCUUCUAACCAUCAACCACCUUGUGAACGGAGGGGGCAACGAGCUGGACGGAAUAGCCAGAGUUGGAGGAUACGGAGGAAACCAGCUGAACACGCUGAAGGAGGAGAUACUGACAGAGCUGGAGAGAAGAGUGUCUCUGUCCUGCUCCUCCUGCCAAGUAAGGCUCAGCGUGUACAAAUCAGAUCUGCAGGCCUCGGGCACGAACAUUACUCCUCUUUGUUCUGGGCAUUUGUGAAUGUCAUAAUGUUUUAUCUGGAGUCGUAUUUUGUGUUGCUAUAAAAUGUAUUUACUUUGUUCUGCAUCGUCUUUUGUAAGUGAUUUCUGCUAUAAAGUCAUAGAGAAGCAUCAGCCACCUGCAGGCAGGUUUAAAAGAAAUUACAUUCCUCUAUAAACCACUGCAUAAACAAAGGAAAAAUGCCGCACAUGUAUGCUAUCCUCCAAACACAGAGAGGAAACCAAGCGGAUCAACUAGGACAAGAUAAAGUUGGUCAAAUAUGGUAAAUGGACAAGUCACUUCUGAAAGAACAAUCCCUCAUACGUCUUAAAUUUUACUCCAAAAUACUAAAUUUAGGGGGACCAUAUUCUGAAUCCCCAAAAAUAGGACACAACUAAGCGGGGGAGGAGUCAAGGAGUCACACAUAGUUAAUUUUGAGAGUUUUUCGGAUCGGAUUGAGUCCACGCAACACAAACUCAAAACUUCCAUACAAAACCUUGGACAUUUUAAGGAUUUUAUAAACUUCCCCAGACAAGGCUAGACAGGACAGACAGCCCCCCCAAAAGGGGACAUGUCCGGGUAAAAGAGGAUGGGUGGUCAUCCUUCUAAAAGGUUAAAUCAAGCUAGGCUAGCAGCUAACAUGGCUACCUAAAAAUAAAAUACCCUCUUUAGUUCCCUCAACAGACCAAAACAUCAUUUCUUGAAUUAAACACAACACAAUCCCAUAAAAGCGAAGAAAAAUAAUACCUUAUUCCCAGAUCCAGCUGGUGUCCAUCAGCAUCUUGCACACCUUCUGUACCUACCUGCCAGCAUUUCCCAUUUAUUUCCUGUUUCCUGUCAGGUGUGCAAGAAACCUGACUUCAAAAUAAAAGCCAAAAGAAAAUAAAAUAAAACACCAAACCAGAAACCAGUCAAAUAACAUCCAACCAAAUAAUCCAAUCCAAUCUGCUUUAUUUAUAUAGCACAUUUAAAAAACAUUCAAGUUUACCAAAGCGUUGCACGAUAAAAUUAAAAGAAAGAAAUAAAAAAAAAUAAAAAAACAUGAAGAGGAAAUAAUCCAAUGCAAUCCAGAGAGGAAAUAAAUAAAAGCAAUAAAAACAUUUAAAAUGAAAUAAUAUAAAUAAAAUAAAACACAAAAGCGUAAAACAAAUAAAAGUAAUAGAAGGACCAUAAAAGGACAAAGAGUAAAAAUGAGUUUUAAGAUGUGAUUUAAAAGUAGAAAGAGUGGGAGAAAUAAACAAAAUAAACAGAAAAGUAAAUAAAAGAUGGGAAAAUUAUUUUUUUAACCGCACACUGACGCAAAUCUCCAAAAUUAAUUGUGGCAUCAGCAUUUAUAAAGCUCAAUUUGGCUCAUAUAGAUCUGGAGGUAUACAGCGGGCAUUUCUAAGAUACAAAGUGAGUCUAAUUCAACCUUCUUUAAAAUUAAACCAUUGGCAUUGUCAAAUGCUAACCGUCCUGUCUCUUUCAGGCUGGCGUGGAGGACCUGAGGCGCCAGCAGCAAGAGAACAGGGACCGGAUCCAAGCCCUGGAGAAACUGAUCGGCUCCAUGGACCAGCACCUGAGGCAGAGCCUGGACAUUUCCCGUAGCGAAACCCAGCGCUUCCAGACCUGCUGCAGCACCGUCACCGAGCUGGAGAAGAGGUUGGCGGAUGUGGAGGUCCGUGUCACCAGCACGGCCAGUAAAUGUGACACCAUCAAAGGCCGGCUGGAUAAGGAGCUGGCUGGGACCGGCGGAGGAAAGGGAAGAGUCUCAGAGGACAGGCUAAACGGCAAACUUAGAGAGCUGGAGAAGAGGGUGAACAACACGGUGAGGAAGACGGAGCAGAGGUGUACGAACACUGGGAACAACGUCAAGGACAGCGUCCAGAGAGACAUCACACAGCUGCGCAACAUGGUCGUCAGCCGGCUGGACGACCAUGGCUACAGGAUCGGGAAGAUAGAGCUGGACGUGGCUGUACUUGGGGAUACAGUCACAGACCACAGUCGGCGUUUAAGUCAGUUGGAGAACAUAACAACCUUCAUGGAUAGACGGCUAACGUCGACCACGAAGAUGUGCAAUGAAACCUGCGGGCCGAACGGAAAAGGCCGUAAGACCGAGGACACGGUGAAAACUUUACAGUGGAGAGUUGUGGCAAAUGAAGAGGAGAUCCAAAAGUUCAACACGAGGUUAAAAGAUUUGUCGGUUUCAGGAGACUCUCUGAUUGACAGGAUCAUCAACUUGACAAAUGACGUCAAAAAGAUAAAAGAAAUAACAGGAGAGGACGGGGAAAAUGUCAACCAAAUCAUCACAGACGUUGAAACACUUGGCCGAGAUUUAGAGGACUGUCAUUUAUGCAGCAGUAUAGAGAAGGACUUACGCUCGCUCAUCAACUCCACCAACGUCGGUCUCAGCAAGUGCCAGACAGAACUAACAGAUCUGCGCAGGAAGGUGGACUCGGGAGAAUCCGUCUGCUCUCAGGUGUGCUCUAACCUUCAGGAGGAGGUCGGGCGACUCCGAGAGGAGGUGGAGGAGUGUACGGGACAGUGUAAAAUCAACAUAAACGAUCUGAAGAAACGCCUGGACGGCCAUGGUGUCCAUACCGGGAGGUUGGGUGGAGAUCUGAAGUCCAUCCAAGGGGAGCUGGCCGGAGUCGUCAAUAAGUUUAACUCCAUCAAUGACACCCUGAAAGGUGUGGGGAGGACUUUACAGAGGCACGGCAACACGCUGACUGACCUGACAAACUCAAAGGACAGCAUUAACUCAAAGGUAAGAUGACGCAGUGAAGAGUUGAGUGAAUAUUUUGGAAAUAAAAUGUAAUUAUGGUAUGAUUAUCUAUACGUCACUUUUACUCAUCAAGUUCAUCUUUAUUUACGUCCCCCUUUGACUGUGGAUGUUUUGUUUACUACCACGCUUUCUAGCAAAGCUUGUGGCUAAAUUCCAUAGGAUACCGAACGGCUGCGCCCUGCUCCGGAAUGGCAGCCUGAUAAAUUAACGCAAGCAUUAUAAUCAAUGUGCGUGGUUCCACACAAUCCGUUCACCUCCAUUGCGGAACCGCUCUGGUGGUCGGAUCAGUUACGCAAGCGCAGCACAAGCGCAAGUCGUAUGCCGCUACAGAGUAAAAUAUCAGGCUAAUUUGAACUGUUCUUCACGUGAUAAUGGGAGGGGCCAGGGUUGUGGGAUGCAGGUGUUUAUAUACAACGCCAAUCUCAUUCAAAGUCUCACGGUAAAACACUCGUCCAAUCUCGUGAGAAAUAUCGGUAACAUCGCGAGCGCUUCUCCUCCACUUGCAGCAGCGGAUCGGAUCUGGCUGCCACUCCGGAUCAUAGCGUAGCGGAUCUGCAUGCUGUGGAAUCCUGGCGUUAGCGUGCGAACACUGGAGCCUGCGCAGAACGCUUGGGCCUGUUUAGUUCGAUUAAGCCGUACACAUGAAAGAAACAAUCAACAACCACAUUAUCUAACAGGGCGCUCACACCAAGCAUGAGUGAAAUCAUCUACUCAGUUGAUUUGCGCGAAUCUUGACGCGGGAAUGAAUAGUAUUUACUCGCUUCAUUCACGGGUCAACUGUAAUUUCAAUGGCAAUUUCAUAUGUCACCCGGCAACCUUAGUGCUGAUUGAUUAUUGCGACUUGAAUAUCCGCUCAACUUGAGACAUUUUCAGCUCCCGCCCAAUUUGCGUCAUUUGUGCGCCAAAGUAGUAUGAGCGUCUAAUCGCGUCUUUGCAUUGACUUAACAUGUAAUUCAUUCGCGCGAAUGAUUUAACUCGCGCUUGGUGUGUAGAGACAGUUACUGUGGCUGUUUACGAUGUCAUGUUUGAAUGUGUCCUCAACAUUAUUUCUCAUACCAGUUUAAGAUGCAUCAGUAACCAGCAGAUCAGCCCAUAGCUUUUUGCUAACCUCAGGGAACUUACGAGAAGUUUCCAUUCAGUCACCCAACAAAGCAAGUGGAAAAAUCUACUUCUGCGAUCUCUUUUCUCUCCCACCACAUAGAAGACAUUUAAAAAAUACGAAUGAGGGUCUAUUUUGACUCUGUUCUGUCAGCCCUACAGCAUCUUGAUCAUAAGAGAUGCAGCAGCUAACCUGGGAACAAUUUUAAAAGGAGUUGACGUCACCUUGGAGCAACCGCUGACUUUUUCUCUUUAAGUCGAAUUUCACAUUUUUUUCUCAACGUUUUGACUUUGUUCUUGCAGUGUGUAAUGAAAUAAUCUUCCUCAUCUAUCAUCUAUUAUUUCUCAAACUUUCCUGUUUAUCAGCGUUUCCCCUAGCCUAUGUAGUUCUCAGGACUGGUGCUGAGAAGCUCUCUGCACAAUGAGAUGUUUAACUCCCUGAACUAAACAUGUCCGGCUUUGUUAUUACAAAUGUGCUGGUAAUUUAGAAAAUUAUGUUUUUGCCGUUUUAUUGAACUGUACAAACAAAAACAUAAAUUUCCGUCGUGAACUUCAAUCAAACAUUCUCUGCGGUUAUCUUGGCGGUAACCUUUCUGUCAAAUAUUAUUGUAGUUAGAAAAAUAUUUGAACAUAUUAAAAACAUUUAAGUUCUUGACAGACAUGGUUUAGAUUAUAUGCUUACAUAUUUUUGUGUGUGUAAGAUACCAUAUGAAAAUAAAUCAGAGUAAAGGUGGAAAAGAGUUUAUUUAUGCUGGAAUGUUUUCUGAAGAAACCUUUCCAAAAUACACACAUUAACAAGGUCCACAUUCUCUACAAGGUGGACAAUUUGCAGAAGGAGCUGACAGAGCACGUCGAUGACUGCAAGAUUAGGGUCGACGGUCUGGGCAGAGAGAUCCACGUAAUAAGAAGCAACUUUCUGACGGAGAUCGGGGACUGCCGGCGGUCUAGUGAUGGUCUGGACCGGAGGCUGUCGAAGCUCGAAGGAGUGUGCGGACGCUUUGACUCUUUUUCAGACACUCUGGAGAGGAUUAAGGAAGGCCUGAACAGACAUGUGUCAGGACUGUGGAACUGCGUUAAUGGACUCAAUGUCACCGUGAUAUCCCACGGAGAUCUUAUCGACAAUAUCCAGAACGUCCAGCUGGAGAACAUCCACUCCGACAUACGAGGACUGAACGCCUCAGUGUUGGACUUGAGCGAGGAGUUCCACAGUUUUGUAGAGCAGGACUUCAUGGGUGAGUCAUUGAAGACUGAGGGAAUGGGAUUCGUCCUUCAGAUUCUCAGUUAAAGGGAGUUAAAGGGAUAUUCCAGCGUAAAAUUAAGUUAGGGUCAAACACACAGUAAUACCAAGUUGGACACCCACACUUGGCGUUGGUGUGUUUGACUGUAACUUAAUUUUACGACGGAAUAUCCCUUUAAAGGGAGUUAAGAUCAGGAAAAAAAUAGACCAAAUGAGGAAUCCGACUGUAUUUCUAACUAUUUCUGACUAAGUACUGACUUAGGGAGACUAUUAAGUCUGCAAAAGGGAGUUUAAGUAAACAUGAGGGUGAAAGGAAAAUCACAAGUCACAGCAGAUAAAAAGUUUUAGCUGUCUUGGCUGACUGUGCAUGCUUUCGAGAAACUCCCCAGAGAUCCUAUUACAGCUGUGAUAUCUCAUCGAAGAUAUUUUUGGAUUCAGGUCCACCUGGUCUUCCUGGCCCACGUGGAGAGAGAGGUGAGCGUGGACUCCAGGGGCCUGUUGGACCCCAAGGGAGGGUGGGACCCCCAGGUAGAGAGGGCAAGCAGGGAGUGACUGGACCUCCAGGUAAAGAUAAUUCGAUCUGACUCAUCAGAAUUGCCAAAGUUGUAAUGUUUGAUGAUUCAUUUUUAUCCUUUCUCUCACUUUCAGGUCUUCGAGGUGAAGAAGGUCAGUGUUAUUCGUAUUAAACAGACAAUUGAAGCUUUUUUCUUCUUUUGUUGAAAUCUCACAUUCACUCUUAUGUUCCACCUCUCGUCUCCGAUCAGGUCCUGCAGGGUCUGAUGCCCACGUGCCACGCCUUUCUUUCUCCGCCGCGCUGACUCGUCCAAUGAGAAGCGCAGGUACUAUAGUGUUCAACAGUGUUUUCGUCAAUGAGGACAACGUCUACAACCCCAAAACAGGUGAGAUCUCAUCAGGGGUUGAAAGCCCAUUUGUUUGCACUUGCCUUUGUAUAACUAGGACUUUAGCUACUAGUGUACUUUUUGUUGAUUUUUAUGUCUUGUUGUUUCUUGUUUAUUAUUAUUAUUAAAUUCUUUUAUUUUAUAGCCUUUCUUAUUUUAAGAUGACUAUUGGAAAAAAAAAGGUUGUUUUUAAUCCCACUAAACUAGAGUGACCAUACGUCCUCUUUUACCCAGACAUGUCCUCUUUUUCUGAGGCUGUCCGGCCUUGUUCAAGGAAGUUUAUAAAAUCCUUCAAAUGUCCGGGGUUUGUAUGGAAGUUUUGAGUUUUGACACUCGAUCCGACCCGAAAAACACUCAAAAUUAACUAUGCGCGACUCUUUGACUCCACCCCUGCGUCGUCGUGUCCUCUUUUUGGGGAUUCAGAAUGUGGUCACCCUAACUAAGCUCUCCUUGGAUAAAUAAAGAUUAAAGCUCUUGUAAGGAACUUUUGGUUUGGGUCAGUUUUGGCGCCCCCUGUGGACAAAGCAGGCUCAGCUUAUCGUGACCUCUACAAUUUUGAGCAGACAAAAAACUUACCCUUUGCUUCUGUCAUCCAGGUUAUUUCACCGCUCCAGUCAGAGGGAAGUACUUUUUCAGCGGCAUCCUUACAGGCCACAAGAACAUGAAGAUCGAGGCGGUGUUGUCCAAGUCCAACACAGGCGUGGCCCGCGUGGACUCUGCAGGGUAUCAGCCUGAAGGUCUGGAGAAACCAAUGGCAGAGGCGAAACACAUCCCCGGAGCUGUUGCUGUCUUUAACAUCAUCCUGCCCAUGGAGGUGGGGGACACGGUCUGUAUCGACCUCGUCACCGGGAAGCUGGCCUACUCCUCCGAACCCUUGACCAUCUUCAGUGGGAUGCUGCUGUACGAGAACAUCUGA